UAGUUUAACCAUCCCAAAACAUAAAGAGCUCAAACAUGUCUUCCAAUUACUUGCUUGUAUUUCUUAUUGGAGUGGUGGCUUUCACUACCGCUUCCACUCUUGCUGAUCACCAUGAUCAUCACAAACCACCCGUUCACAAGCCUCCCGUUGUAGAAAUCUCUCACCUCCAAAAGCCACCAACCUCACAUGACCAACCCCCUAAGGGUAAGGGGGAGAAGCCAGCACCCGAGAAAAAGCCACCCCACGAACACCGUUUGUUGGAGUCAGAUGAAAGAACUUUUAAGGGAGAGAAACCACCACAAGAGCAUAACGAGCCUCAUAAGGGAGAGAAGCCACCACCAGAGCACAAACCACCUCAUGAACAUCGCUUGUUAGAGACUGAUGACAAACCUUCCAAAGGAGAGAAGUCUCCAAAGGAGCACAAUGAACCUCGUAAAGGAGAGAAGCCACCACCAGAGCACAAGCCACCCCAUGAACACCGUUUGUUGGAGUCAGAUGAAAGAACUUUUAAGGGAGAGAAACCACCACAAGAGCAUAACGAGCCUCAUAAGGGAGAGAAGCCACCACCAGAGCACAAACCACCUCAUGAACAUCGCUUGUUAGAGACUGAUGACAAACCUUCCAAAGGAGAGAAGUCUCCAAAGGAGCACAAUGAACCUCGUAAAGGAGAGAAGCCACCACCAGAGCACAAGCCACCCCAUGAACACCGUUUGUUGGAGUCAGAUGAAAGAACUUUUAAGGGAGAGAAACCACCACAAGAGCAUAACGAGCCUCAUAAGGGAGAGAAGCCACCACCAGAGCACAAACCACCUCAUGAACAUCGCUUGUUAGAGACUGAUGACAAACCUUCCAAAGGAGAGAAGUCUCCAAAGGAGCACAAUGAACCUCGUAAAGGAGAGAAGCCACCACCAGAGCACAAACCACCUCAUGAACACCGCUUGUUAGAGAGUGAUGGCAAACCUACCAAGGGAGAGAAUCCACCGAGAGAGCACAAUGAGCCUCGUAAGGGAGAAAAGCCACCACCAGAGCACAAACCACCUCAUGAACACCGCUUGUUAGAGAGUGAUGGCAAACCUACCAAGGGAGAGGAUCCACCGAGAGAGCACAAUGAGCCUCGUAAGGGAGAAAAGCCACCACCAGAGCACAAACCACCUCAUGAACACCGCUUGUUAGAGAGUGAUGGAAAACCUACUAAGGGAGAGGAUCCACCAAGAGAGCACAAUGAACCUCGUCAGGGAGAAAAGCCACCACCAGAGCAUAAACCGGAAAAUCCAGGGGAUCAACCUCACAAGGGUCAUGAGAAGCCACCACCAGAGCACAAGCCUCCCCAUGAACAAAACGUAGGACGUCGUUUGUUGGAGUCUUCUUCCUUGGAGUUGGUUGGUAAACCUCCCAAAGGAAAGAAGCCACCCCCAAAGCACAAGCCACCAACCACACUUGAUAAUAAUGAUGUAGAUCAUAAGCAAUUCCCAGACAAGCCACCAAAGGGUAAAGGAGAGAAGCCACCUCAGCAUGAUCGUCACCUUCGAGAAAAUGUGGAAGAGGAUGCAAAAAACCCACCGCAGACGUCACAUCGGAAAUUAAAACAGCCUCCAAGUACUCUUGCAAAGAAGCCUCCAACUUCCCCUCACAAGCCACCUCAUAAACCUCCAUCUUCUGACUAAUCGAUCAGUGCGCCACGCCCUAGCUAGCUUGCUAUGGUUACCAUAUAUCUGUAGAAAUAAGAGUUGAUAUCCUUACCUUCUCGAUCGUGUCGCUGUUGUACGAUUCAGUUAAAAGCAUUAGCUAGUACUACGCUCUUCUGCUUGAUUUCUUGUUGUGCUUGGAAUAUUUAGUGCUUGUGUACGUAGUAGUUCAUUAGAAUAAAAGAGAUAGAGUAUUAUGCUCUAUUGCUCUUCUCA